AUGCAAGACGAAAAAGCAAAUUCGAAAGAUGAAAUAUCUUCAGGUUCGUCAUAUGAAGAAAAUGAUGAAAAUAUAAAUAUUUUAAAUCCUCCUAAUAGAACAAAAAUGAGCAAGGGGGAAAGAAGAGCAAGAAAGAUGCUUGUGAAACUUGGGUUAAAACCAAUAACAAAUGUGCAUAAAGUUAUCAUAAAAAAAUCGCACAAGAUGAUCUUUGCUGUUUCCAAUGUAGAAGUUUAUAAAAUAGAAGGAACAGAAUCGUAUGUUAUAUUUGGGGAUGCCAAAACGGAUGACAUAACAAAUUCAAUCAACAAUCUACUUCCUGAAAAUAUGCCAAAGGAUUCGGAUAUUCCAGUUGAAUCAGACAUGAAUUUUGACACUGUUGAAAAAUCUGAGGAAAAAACACAAUAUUUGGAUGAACAAAAAGUGGGAGACGUUUCACAGGAGGAUAUAGAGCUGAUUAUGUCCCAAACAAAGUGCAGUAGAGAUACGGCUAUUUCAGUCCUUAGAAAAAAUAAUAACGACCUAGUUCAAUCAAUUAUGGAAUUGAGUGGAUAA